AUGGAAAUUGAUGACUAUAAUGUUAAUGUAAAAUAUGUUGGGGCAGGUGAACAAGAUCUUCCUGAUUUUCCAGACAUCAAAUGGUAUUCAGAACAUGUGCGUGAGAGCCAAUACUUGCUUCAAAUUGUAAAAUGUAGAAAUACAGAAUGCUAUCGUCCAAGAAGUGGCCUAUUUAGGUUACUAGACAAUAGGUUUCUUCCACCACCUGUAAAAGUAAACCAAUCAGUUGAUGACUUGGUUUUGGAUGAAGGAAUACAAUUUCUUAAUCUUUUAGCUCUACGCUUAAGUGCUUCACUCAAAGAUUUCCUGCAAAUGCCCUACGAUUAUUUUUGUCCGAAGAAGAGACCUACACUGUACAGAAUGUUCGCUUCGACGUCACAAAGAAAUGAUGAUGGUUUGCGGGCAUCUUACAAUAUAUCGUUACUCAUAGCAAAAUCCGGAAAACCGCAUACUAUCGGAGAGAAGUUAAUUUUGCCAGCCGUUGAAGAGGUUUUAAAAACUGUUUUACACAAACCUACAUCUGAUAUCAUUAAAAGAAUUCCCUUAAGCAACAAUACUGUUGAAAGACAUAUUGAUGAAAUGAGUUCUGAUAUUGAAAGCUUCUUAUGUAAUUAUUUGCAAACGAGCCAUUUCUCUAUACAACUGGACGAGUCAACUUUACCUGAUAAUGCAGCAUUAUUAUUGGCAUAUGUUCGUUUUAUUAUGAAUCAAGAAAUCUACGAAGAACUGCUCUUCGCAAGAACUUUGAUAACCGACACUAAAGCGUUUCUUGCCAGAGUUAAACUAAUGAAGCAAAAUAUUGGACGGGGCGAAUUUUCUCAGUUCCCCAAUUUGUCACAGACAAGCUGCCAAGAAGACGACGUUUCAACUUACGUUCAACAUUUAAAUGCCCUCUAUUCAGAUUUUGAAUCUAGGAAGAGAAUAAACUACAGGCCUGUCACUGAUGAAGGUCUUUUCAAGUUAUACAGUAAAAUUGAAACAGUCGACUGGAUCUUUUUGUCUGAUAUUAGUUUACCACUGACCACAAAACUCGAACGAUUCAUGAACAUCUUAACAAAUAAUGUCGCUGAGUGCUUGCCAAUCAAAUCUAGGUUAGUAUCAGAGGGUUGUCGCAACAAAAUCAACUGGUUUGAUCACGAAUUGGCUCAUAUGAGAGAGACUUUGGAACUAAUAACACAAAUUAAUAAAGAUAAUCCCCAAGUAGUAUCAAAGAAGGAGAUUAAUGUCUUCAAAUCAAAGUACCGAUCAGAAAUCAGAAUUAGGAAAAAAAAUGCUCAUGAUAAAUUUAUACGUAGAGCGUCAGAUAAACAAGCAGCUAUGUGGAACCAAACCCGAGAGGAAAGAUUGGAGAAAAAACGCCAAGCAGAAAGACCACGCGACCAGCGAAUUAAAAAUGAUCCAAUCAAGAAUGCUGAGUUAAAAGAAAAAGAGAAGUAUCACAGAAAGAAGGAGAAAGUACAAGUUAGAAGUAUAAAAUAUCUGACAGAUAGGGAACAGCGAGCUAUGAGAAAGAUAUGGAGAGAACAAACUGAAAGAUAUAGGGAUCGUGUGAGGCAAAAAACUAUUGUUAACUAUCCAGAGUCACCGCCGCCUUCGGACCAUGAAGAUCCACACUUCGAUCCUCAAAUAUUGGACAAUAGAGCUUCAGGUGCCAAAAGACCCUGA